GUAAGGUGUUGAUACAUUGCGGUAGCCUGUUCCCAAUAUCACUAUUUUAUUGAUUUUUUCACUAUUCUUCCUUCCUUCUCACCAAUCGAAUAGGCAUUCUUCACACACUGCACAUUCUGCAGACAGAACUCCUAUUCCCACUCCUAUUCUUCUUCCCCAUCCCUCUGUUCAUCUGCUAGUUUCUCAGUCUUUUCAGUCACCCUUUAAAUACUUCUCCAUCCUUUAAUUUCUCCCCCCUAAUGGACUCUUUUGACCAGUUAAAAUCUUCCCCAUCAUCAGAGGAUUUCAUGAUGAUGAUGCAAUUCCCUGAAUUCUCAGCAGCUUACGGCGCCGACGCAAUUCCACCGCCAGAGGAGCCAGCUGGCGCUGUUAGUACCAUGCCACUAUCAUUUACACACUUACCGUCCUCCACAAUCUCUUUCACUAACAAUAACCCAACCCCAACAUUGCUUCAACACCGUAGCAGCAACACCGCCACAACUUGCUUGUCAAACAGUACUAGUUGUGGCGGUGCUGAUACUACGGUGUCCUUUGAGAAGCGGAACACGAUGGUGGCGAUGAGGGAGAUGAUAUUCAGGGUGGCGGCGAUGCAGCCAAUACACAUGGUAGACCCUGAGUCAGUGAAGCCGCCGAAGCGGAGGAACGUGAGGAUUUCAAAGGACCCUCAAAGCGUGGCGGCGAGGCACCGGAGAGAGAGGAUAAGCGAGAAGAUAAGGAUACUGCAGAGGUUGGUCCCCGGAGGAACCAAGAUGGACACUGCUUCCAUGUUGGAUGAGGCAAUUCACUAUGUCAAGUUUCUCAAGACACAGAUUCAGUCACUUGAACGUGCUGCUUCAAGUAACAAUGCAGGGAUAGGGUUCCCUGUUGCAAUGUCUAGUAGGAGUGUUAUCCCUAAUUAUCUUAAUCCUCUUGCUAGGCCUUACCAGGCUCGAAAUGUUGAGCAUGAGAGAUAUGAUUAAGGUUUAAUGAGCUUGUUUAUAUAGCUGAUUAAUUCAAUACAAAAGGUGUAGCCAUUUCUUAAUUACAGAUAUUAUGCUGUCAAUCGUGCAU